UACACUAUCUUCGUCAGGCCGGAGACACCCGAACGAGGUUUUAGCACCAUUUCAUUCGUCCAUUUUAGGACGAUUACUUGAAUCUUAUUUUGAGAAAGAGGGCAAAAUUAUUACUGGAAUGGAAAUUAUCGAGAAAGGAAAAAAUUGUUUUGCAAGACGAUGGUGGUGGAGCUUGAGGGUGUCAAUGAGAGGGUGAAGGGGAAAACAUUUUAUUUUCUUAGAGAGAGAAAAAAACGAGGGGGGGAAGAGAGAGAGUGCGAGUUUUCUUUCCCCAUUUUCCCUCUUUCAGAGAGAGGUGGUCGAGGAGAGUCUUAACCUCUGAGAUCAUCCUGAGAAGGGAAGUCAAGAAAAAUGUCGCAGAAAUUUUUCUGGGCUAUUUCAACAUAUUAAAAAUCAUUGCUUUUAUUUAUUUAGUUUUUCAUUUUUAUAUUAACAAUCUUCUUAUUUCGAUCACCAUUUUCCCACCUAUCAAUUCGUAUUCUUGUUCAAAACCUUCGACUUUUUUCGGCCCUCUGCAUUUUCUUUGAACCAGUCUGCAUAUACAAUCUGUCGGAGGGUUGUGAAUUCGCAUUCUUUUCCUACAUUGAGAAGGCAACUGAAGAAUUCUUGUCCCUCCUUCAAUUCUGGUGGGCUUUCUCUGCAUGUCUUUAUUUGCCCUUUUGCUUUUUCUUCGGUUCCUUGUUCCCAAGCUCAAGGUGGAAUCUUUUGGGAUAAUUGAUUCAACCGGGUUGUGCAGUUUUCUGUAAGAAGGUUAUAGCACUAUUUAACCUGGUUGAAGAUGAGAUGUUCAAGAUGCUAACAUAGAUUCUUUUACUUGCUAUCUAAUUUCUGCUUGGGAGGAGGUUUCUAUAUGUACAGUUGUAUUAGUUUUGUGAGCUGAAGAGUUGGUGAUGUGCUGGAUCAUUUGUAUGUUUAUUGAACAAGUCUUCAUUUCUCGGAGGGGUGUUAUUCGGUGAAAAACUGGCGAAUGUAUUAUUCCUUUUAUAGAGUCUGGUUGUUGGCAGAAACUGCCUCCACCACUCUGAGCAAGCAAUGGGGGAGAAAUGGACUGCUUAUGGAUUGCAGUUGUUUUGUUUAAUGUUUUCGAUACUAGUUUUUAAAGUUCAUGGAUGCUGCACGCUCAAUUCUGAAGGAUUGGCACUAUUUCAAUUUCGAUCAAAGGUUGAGGCUGAUCCAUUUGGAGCUUUUGCCAAUUGGAAUCCGAAUGACUGUGACCCUUGCAUGUGGUCAGGCAUUGAGUGCUUGGACGGCCAAGUGGUUACGCUAAAUCAAAGUGGACUUGAUUUAGAGGGAGUUUUGGCACCAGAACUUGGAAAUCUUAUGCAUCUAAGAAUUCUGGACCUGUCAAAGAACCAUCUUUCUGGAACCAUACCUCCAGAGUUUGGACGCCUUUUGACACUGGAGGUUUUGGACUUGAGGGAUAAUUACCUGAGUGGAACCGUGCCUACUGAAAUAGGAAGACUGCAUUCGCUGAAGCGCUUGCUGCUCUGCAAUAACCAAUUUGAAGGUAGCAUUCCUGUGGAGGUUGGAAAGUUGAGUUUGCUAUCUGAUUUCCAGUUUGAUGGCAUCCUUUCAACUGCUUCUGCUGUUAGACUUCGCUUCUUCAAUAGAAAAUUUGGGCAUUUCAUCUGGCCGAGUUUUGUAAAACCAUCGAAGAAAACAGAUUCAUUCAAGUCACUACUAACAUGGAGGUUCACAGAUUACCUUGAUCUGCUCCCCAAGUUCAUGCUGAGAAAUGAUUCUUCACAAGAAUGUGCUGGUAAUUGCUGCAUCAAUGAAGCAGGUGCCAACACGUGUAAGGAGCAAGCAAAUAAUGUUCGUCGCGUGUUAGUUGAACAGCCUGCAAACCUUGCGGCUCUCCCUGCCAACCUUAAAGGGGCUCCAAUCCCAAAUGAAACUGCCCCUCCUCUUCCAAGCAGAAGCAGUGGUUCAUUUCCUGCUAUCCCAAAUAAGAAGCUGGCUCCUGCCCCUGCACCCUCAUCUACUUCUGGUCAUGAGAGUAGCCUUCAUGAGCCUCCUAGUCCAGCUGUUGCCAGCCAGUCGAAUAAUGAGGCAUCACGUGGAAGCUCUGGCAGUUCACUGACGCUUAUAAUAUUAAUAUCCAUUGCAGUUUUGUUGCUCAUUGUUGCAGCAGUUGUACUAUUCGUCUGCAGAAGGAAAGCAAAAACCAUUCGCCCUUGGAAGACUGGAUUGAGCGGGCAACUGCAGAAGGCCUUUGUUACAGGCGUCCCGAAAUUGAAUCGAUCUGAGCUAGAAACUGCAUGUGAGGAUUUCAGCAACAUCGUGUAUACUAAAGAGGGCGUGGCCACUUUGUUCAAGGGAACUCUAUCAAGUGGAGUGGAGAUUGCCGUUGGAACAACUGCCAUAGCAUCCAAAAACACAUGGUCGAAGCGUGCUGAAAUAGCAUUCAGAAAAGAGAUUGAUAGUUUGUCCAGAGUGAAUCAUAAGAAUUUUAGCAAUCUCAUCGGGUACUGCUGCGAAGAUGAACCAUUCACAAGGAUGAUGGUUUUCGAGUACGCUCCCAAUGGCUCUCUAUUUGAACGCUUGCAUGUUGUAGACAUCGAACACCUCGACUGGAAUGCAAGGAUGAGGGUUAUCAUGGGAGUCGCCUAUUGCCUUCAGCACUUGCAUGGUCUUAAUCCACCAUUGGCACAUCUCAACUUGAAUUCCAAUGAAGUAUUUUUGACGGAUGAUCAUGCAGCGAAAAUUGCAGAUGUCAGUUUCUGGGAAAAACUCGUAUCCACCUCGAAGAGUCACACAGAAAAUGAUACGGGCCACUCCGGAUUGCCUCCACAUUCCGAUGUUGAAACAAACAUCCACAGUUUCGGGAUCUUGAUGUUGGAGGUCAUAUCUGGAAGGCUGCCUUAUUCAGAAGAACAAGGCAAUAUCUUAGAUUGGGCGAAUUCUUAUAUUCAUGACAAGAAGAUAAUCAACCAGUUGAUAGAUCCAACAUUGGAGUCAUUCAACGACGACCAACUUGAUGCUGUGUGCGAAGCAAUCCGAGAAUGUACUAAAAAGGAUUUGAGGGAACGGCCUUGUAUGAGUGAAGUUAUUCUUAAAUUGAAACAAGGUCUUGAUAUAUCACCGGAGGUUGCAUGUCCCCGACUUUCUCCCCUUUGGUGGGCUGAACUAGAGAUUUUGUCUUCAGAAGCGACAUGAUGGCAAAAUUCUAUGCCCUUUGUACUAACAUUUGGAUCCAGACUUUCUUAAUUUGCAAUUACACAUUACUUUUAUUGUC